CAUGUUUCCUGAAUCAAUUUGCAGCAUUCACUGGUGAUAUUCUCGUCCUGGGGCCGCCGAUUUGGCCGUUCAAAAUGACUUCGGAUAUCGCCAGACGCCAAAGAACAGUGCCAUCAGCCAGGGCGUUUGAGUUUAAUUGGAGAAGGCCGGUCCAUUCUGUAUUGCAAAAUGGGGCUCUUUUUGAUCGAUUCGAUGAGGAAACUGGUACCCUUGAGCCGGAUUGCUUCGUGCAAGUGGAUCCAGACGGCUUUUUCAUCUAUUGGAAAACAGAAACUUCAGACAGCCAAUUACUGGAAUUAUCUCAAAUCAGUGACGUCCGUGCUGGAAGCAAACCCAAAGAUGAAAAACUCGUCUCCCAAAUACAAGAACGCUCUCCUGGCAUCUCAUGGGACCGAAUCGUCACCAUCUGCAGUGGUCUAGAUAUGGUUAACAUCAUCUAUACUCACAUGAUUGCACCGGACUCCGAAACGGCUUCCUACUGGAUUCAACAACUACGCAGCUUGACUCACAACACCAAGGCAGCCAAUGUGUGCCCCAUGACUCAGCUACGAAAACAUUGGAUUCGUUUGACUUUAUCCGUUAAUCCGAAAAACAAAAUUCCCGUGCGGGUGAUCAUGAGGACAUUCGCUUCCGGUCGCAAUGAGCGUGUGGUCUUUCAGAGUUUGAAAGAACUCGGUUUGCCGCAUGGGAAAAACGAUGCCAUUGAGCCCGCUGAUUUCCCGUUUGAAAAAUUCUACGAGUUGUAUCACAAAAUUUGUCCCCGAACGGACAUAGAAGAGUUGUUCAAAUCCCUGUCCAACAACGAGGACGUGCUCCAUGCGGACAAGAUGAUCGAGUUCCUCAAUGAGACGCAACGAGACCCUCGGUUAAACGAAAUCCUCUAUCCCUUCGCCAAUAGGCAAACCAUCAAACAUAUUCAGGAAAACUAUGAAACACAAGAGGAAUUAAAGAAUACCGAUAACCUGUCUAUCGAGUGCUUCUAUCGGUACCUCAUGUCGGACAGCAACGCUUGUGUUUUCCUCGACCGGUUGGAUGUGUAUCAGGAAAUGGACCAACCUUUGAGUCACUACUAUAUCAAUUCCUCACACAACACCUACCUGAUUGGACGGCAGUUUGGCGGCAAGUCUUCUGUCGAAAUGUACCGACAAGUGUUGCUUGCUGGUUGCCGUUGCAUCGAACUUGACUGUUGGGAUGGUCGUGGUGAGGAUCAGGAGCCGAUUAUCACGCACGGGAAGGCAAUGUGUACAGAUAUUCUAUUUAAAGAUGUCAUCUACGCCAUUCGAGAUACAGCAUUCGUGACCAGCGAAUACCCUGUCAUCAUGUCUUUCGAAAACCACUGCAGUAAACACCAACAAUACAAACUGGCCAAAUACUGCGAGGAAAUUUUAGGGGACAUGCUCCUGACCAAGCCGCUCGAUAAUUAUCCCAUCCCAAGUUCGUUCUCUUAA